UUUGUCUUUUAAACAUUUGAUAAAUUUGAGGGUUAUAGCCAUUUACAAAAUUUUCUGUCUUACGUUUUCAAUAAUUCAUUAAUUAAGAUUUUUGAACCAACAAAUAACAACAAAAGUGGAUUUAAAUAACAAUUAUGGAUGUUUGAAUGUCCAAAUAAAAAUUAGUCAUAAAAAAGAGAAAAAAAAUUGUAAAAGCCACGAUAUGGAUAAUCAUAGUACUUUCACACUUUGGAAAGAAUGUGAUAAUGUCAGGAUGAAGCUGCAAGAUCAUAAUUGUGCACUUGAAAAACUCACCCAAAAAGUAUUAAAAUUGGAUUUGUUCAAGCCUCAAAAGAAAUACCCUAAAACAGCAGACAACAAUUCAAAAAAUCAUAAACUUAAAAAGUUCCACAGAAAAUUAUAUCAAGAUAAUCAUAAAGAUGAAUUAUUUAUAAUAAAAAAGCUGCUGCUAAUAAAUUUAAAAUCUUUUCAAGUAUUGCAAAGAUUGUAUCAGGAAAAUUGUGAUUUACAAAAAUCGCUUGAUAAGACGUAUCAGCUCGCAUAUAAACAAGAGCAACAAAUACAAAAAAUAAAACAAGAAAAGGAUUAUUUAGAAGCAGCUGCAAAAUUUUUUAAAACUGGACUUAGUUUAUUUUUUAGUAAAUUUGAUAACGUCACAAAUAGAAUAAUAAUUAAAACUUACUCAAAAUCAGAUUUACAGAAUCGUUUUAUUGCAAACGGCUAUUCUAACUCAAUUUUCCAAAAGACGUGCAAACCUUAUCAAUUGUUGGCAACGGAUACAAUCAUCAAAACAAAUUCGAUAAGUGGCACAAAAUAUACAAAUAAUAUUUCGGAAUUAACGGCUUGUUGCAAACAAUUCUAUCACGGUUUUAAUUUAGAACUUGCUUCAGAACAAGCAGUACUUUUCGAGAUUCCUAUACAAAUAUACAAUUUACCUCAUUCGUGCAUUGAUUCCGGCUUUCAAGAGUUAAAUUUGAAAAAUAUUCCUAGCCCAAAACAAUCAAUCGACAAUGAAAUUCAUUACUUGCAAGAAACUUUCCCAAAAGAAGAAUUAAUAGAUGGUUCAACACUUGAAUUGGAAAAUGUCCAAACUUCUAAGAAUUAUAAUGAUUUUAUUGUGUUUGAAGAUACAAGAUCGUUAUUACUACUCAAAGACUUCAAUUUUUUAACAAGAAACGUUUUAGAGAUUUCUAAAAUCACGAGUCCAUUCAUUUUUUAUAAAAAUAUAAAAAGUAAUUUCGAACUACCUCGAUUCAUUGAUGAAAAUGAUAAGAAAAAAGGUGACGACUUUUACAUUUCGUUCAAUUUGACAAUUAACGAAAUAAUGCAAAAUACUUUAAAAGAAAAGACAAAUUUUUACCCUAAAAACUCAAAGCAGAAAAUUUGCGACGAAAAGUACACAAAUUUUAAAUCAAGCCAAUCUAUUGUAAUUGGUACAAAUAUUAGUAGCAUUGGAGUUGGAGAUGGUUCAACUUUAUUCUGUGAUCAACAAUCACAAGUUGAAAAAAAUUUAUUUACAAACACCGCUUUGGCAGAUGAAAAAUCAGAUGAAUGCGAAAAUAUAGCUAAAAUAACAUUUGAACACAAAAUAGGCAAAGAAAUAAUACUCAAAACUAGUAAAACAAGCCUGGAAGCUAUGCAAAAUGCAAGUGAUAGAAUUGAUUCACGUCGUGAUUUUAAAAAAUCUUUACAAGCUCUUCGAGAAGUCAUAGAAAGCUGUAAAAGAGUCUCAGGACAAAAUUCGACCUCAGAAAAAUCUUCCAAAACUAAAAUUAAAGAAAAUAAGCGAUAUUUGAUAACAAAACCACUCACUGAAGAAGUGACAAAAAAAGAAAUUAAACGACGAAAACAAGUUUUCAGUAACAGUAAAAAAGAAUACCAAAAGAUUCCGGAAAUGGACAAGAUGUAUCAAAUAGUUUUGCAAAAUAACGUUCCCCACGAAACCAAUCUGAAAUUUAUGAAAUUAAAUGAUUCUAAUACACAGAUGCUUGUCAUCAACAAUACUAAUAGCACUCAUUUCUCAAAAUUGAAACGUACUUCGAAUAUUUCACUAAAUAAAUAAAUCAAUGAAUUUAAUCGUAAAAAAUCGUAAAGAGAUUCAAUUAUUUAUUUAUUGUAAAUCAAUUGGUGUUACAUUAUCGUUGUAUAACGUAUAAAAAAAUCACGAUGAUCUUAGUUGAUGUGUGUGUGUGUAUAUAUAUAUAUAUGUGUGUGUGUGUGUGUGUGUAUUAUUUUUUACACUAAAACAUGACUUGAUCUUUUAUGAUAUUCUAAUAUAAUAAUAAUGAUUAAAAACUUUGAUUAGCUCAACGACUUUUUCCCAAUCACAUUAGUACAUCAUGACUUGAUUUGUCUCGAAAUAUUCACAUACCUGAUUAAAAAUGACGAUAGAUAAAUAAUUUGGCAGUAGCAAUUUUAGCAAAAAUAUAAUAAAGAUUAAAAAAAUUUAGGUGAAAAUUCAAAAAAGGAACUAUUAUGAAUAUUUUAACUACGCAGAUUGCUCUGCAUCUGGUAAAUCUAAAACUUCUUCAACAAAACCUGCUACAUUUGUAUCUUUCGUCGCAUGCUCUUUUAUAAAACUAAGUUCGAGCAAUUGAUUAUAAUUAGGCCGCGCCGUGUAAUUUUUCAUUAAGCUGAAAAAGAAAACAAUAAAAAGUUUCAUUGCUCACAUUUAAUAAAUUAUAAAUUAUAAUAUUAUGAAUAUAAAUUUACCACUUAUUAAUAAAUUCUUCAAACUCAGGUGUGAACCUGUUAGGAGGUAACUUUGGGGCUUCAUCUUUUACAACUUGUUUCAACUGUUCAAAUGGUGUGCCCCAGGAUUCAUAAGGAAACUUUCCUGUUGCAAGUUCGAGUAGAGAAAUACCUAAAGACCAGACAUCUGACCUUA